AUGAAGGGCUAUAUUGUAAUAGUGCUUCUGUGUGCAUCCUCUGUGGAGUGCCAGCAAAGAGGUCUAUUCCCUGCCAUCCUCAACCUGGCCAGCAAUGCUGAGAUUUCCACCAACGCCACCUGUGGUGAACACGAGCCUGAGAUGUACUGUAAGCUGGUGGAGCACGUUCCAGGCCGUCGGAUCCGCAACCCACAGUGCCGGACCUGUGACAGCCAAAGUGCCAACCCGAAAGAGCGACACCCCAUCACUAAUGCGAUUGAUGGCACCAACCAGUGGUGGCAGAGUCCUAGCAUCAAGAACGGCCGUCAGUUCCACUGGGUGACCAUCACUCUGGACUUACGACAGAUCUUCCAGGUGGCCUAUAUCAUCAUCAAGGCAGCCAACUCUCCCCGGCCAGGGAACUGGAUCCUCGAACGCUCCCUGGAUGGGGUGGAGUACCAGCCCUGGCAGUACUACGCCAUCAGUGACUCGGAGUGCCUGUCCCGCUACAACAUCACGCCCCGUCUGGGACCGCCCACCUACAAGAGGGAUGACGAGGUCAUCUGCACCUCCUACUACUCGCGACUCGUCCCGCUGGAGCACGGAGAGAUUCACACGUCCCUGAUAAACGGCAGGCCAAGCGCUGACGACCUGACCCCUGAGCUGCUGGAGUUCACGUCAGCCCGCUAUAUUCGCCUCCGCCUGGAGAGGAUCCGUACGCUCAACGCCGACCUCAUGACCCUCAGCUACCGCGACCCCAAGGACGUGGACCCCAUCGUCACGCGCCGGUACUACUACUCAAUCAAGGACAUCUCGGUGGGAGGCAUGUGCAUCUGUUACGGCCACGCUCAGAGCUGCCCCUGGGAUCCGGUCACCAAGAAGCUGCAGUGUGUGUGCGAGCACAAUACGUGUGGGGAAAGCUGUAAUGAGUGUUGCCCCGGAUACCAUCAGGAACCGUGGCAACCUGGAACUCUGUCUGAUGGCAACACUUGUGAGAAAUGUAACUGCCACAACAAGGCGGAAGACUGCUACUACAACAAGACGGUGGCUGACAACAAGAUGAGUAUGAACACGCAAGGGCAGUUUGUGGGCGGCGGCGUCUGUCUGAACUGCUCUCAGAACACGGCUGGCGUUAACUGCGAGACCUGUGCCGACGGCUUCUACAGGCCUCACAAGGUGUCCCCGUAUGAUGAGCGCCCUUGUGUGGAGUGCUUGUGCGAUCCCAACGGGUCACUGACUCCCAACUGCAUCAAAGACGACAACCACGCGAAGCCGGAGAAAGGUUUGCACGCCGGCCAGUGCCUGUGUAAGGAGGGCUUCACCGGGCAGCGCUGCGACCGCUGCUCGUUCGGCUACAGGGACUUCCCCCGGUGCACGCGCUGCACCUGCAGCCUGGCCGGCAGCCUCAACACCGACCCCUGCGCGGACUGCGUGUGCAAGGAGAACGUUAUGGGGGCAGACUGCGACCUGUGCAAACAGGGCUUUUACAACCUGCAGGGGAGCAACCCAGAGGGCUGCUCGGAGUGCUUCUGUUUCGGGGUGUCGGACGUGUGCGAGAGCACCCUUUGGUCCACUGUUCAGGUGGUGGCAACAGAUGGCUGGCUGCUUCCCGCUGCUCAGAGUGACUUUGUCUACUCUGCUCCUCGCGGUGACGAGGACAACCACAUCACCCUCGGCAACAUCACAGGAAGCAGGACCUCCCGCUUUCUGUCCUCCUGGGCCGCUCCGGAGCGUUUCUUGGGAAAUAAGCUGACGUCAUACGGAGGCUUUCUGAACUUCACCGUGUCAUAUGAUGUGUCCGUGGAGAACAUAGACAAGUCUCUUCCAGCUCAUUUUGAUGUUGUUAUUGAGGGCAACGGUAGGACUCUGCAGCAGACGGCUCCUGUACAGCUCCUGCUGACACCCCUGCAAGAGCAGCGCGUUGCCGUGGAGAUUGUGCCGCGGAACUUUGUGGACUUCCACUCAGGCCGAGCGGUGCAGAGAGACGAGCUGAUGACAGCUCUGGCCAACGUGGUCGGGCUUCGAGUCAGAGCCCACCUGAACAGCAGCUCAGGGGGGUCGCUGAGACUGAGGACCGUGUCUUUGGACACGGCCGACCCCAACGCCACAACCCCCAAACACGCACUCGGUGUGGAGCAGUGCGAGUGCCCCUGGGGCUACUCCGGGACAUCCUGCGAGUACUGCGUCUCCGGGUUUUAUCGUGUCGGCGGGAUUCUGUUUGGCGGCAACUGCCUCCAGUGCGAAUGCAACGACCACGCCUCCCGGUGCGACAUCGACGGAGCGUGUCUGGACUGUACACACAACACCACCGGGCCCCACUGUGACCAGUGUCUGCCUGGUUUCUAUGGAGACCCCAUGGAGGGCACUCCGGAGGACUGCCAGAGAUGUGCUUGCCCGCUGACUGUGGAGUCUAACAAUUUCAGCCCAACCUGCCACCUGGAAGGACCAGGAGAAGUGAUAUGUGACCAGUGUCAGCAGGGAUACACAGGCACCCGCUGUGACAGGUGCGCAAACGGGUACUACGGUAACCCCACAACACCGGGCCAGGGCUGCGUCCCGUGUGAGUGCAACGGCAACGUGGACCCGCUGGAACCGGGCCACUGUGACCCGGAGACCGGGGAGUGCCUGAAGUGCGUCGGUCACACCACAGGCCGCCGCUGCGAGCGGUGCCAGGAUGGCUACUUCGGCGACGCCAUUAUCGCCAAGAACUGCCGGAGUUGCGACUGCCACAGGAAUGGUUCUUACUCCGCCCUCUGUGACUUGACGACAGGCCGGUGCGACUGCAAGCCCAAUGUUGUGGGGGACAAAUGUGACCGGUGCGAGGUGGGGUACCACGGCCUGCUCAGAGCGUCAGGGUGUGUUGCCUGCAACUGCAGCCAGGGGGCCUCGCUGUCCCUGGAGUGUGACGAGGAGGGGCGGUGUCCCUGCAUCCUAGGGGUGACAGGGGACAAAUGUGACCGCUGCCAGCACGGCUACUACAAUUACCAGAGCGGCGGUUGCACCGCGUGCGACUGCAGCCACACCCACGGCAACUGUGACCCGGAGACCGGAGAGUGCCUCUGCCCCCCGCACACCACGGGCCAGAAGUGUGAGCUCUGUGAGGAGGGGUACUGGGGACAUGACUCGGUCACAGGGUGCAAGCCGUGCGACUGCAGCGUGGCCGGUGCCACCGUGUCCCAGUGUGACCUCUCCAGCGGGCAGUGCCCCUGCAGCCCCGAGUUCACCGGGCGGAAGUGCGACCGCUGCGCCAUGGGCUACAGGGCCUUCCCAGAAUGCACCGCCUGCGACUGCAACGUCAACGGCACGCGGGAGGAGUUCUGCGACGAGAAGCUGGGGGUGUGCGGCUGCGAGGACACGGGCAACUGCGUCUGCAAGGACAACGUGGGCGGGCCGGGCUGUGACGAGUGCAAACAGGGCACCUUCGGCUUAGCGGCGCAUAACCCCGCAGGCUGCAGCUCCUGCUUCUGUUUCGGGGGGUCAGCGGACUGCGAGGAGCUCGGGGGCCUGGUCAGAGCUCAGAUCGCGCUGGGCGCAGAGCCGGAGCCGUUGCGCGUGGUCAGUCAGAGCAACCUGACGGGCACCGUGGAGGGCGUCUUCCUGCAGGAUGCCGACGUGCUGCUGGACACCAGCCGGGUCCAGGGCUCCUCCCUGAACGGCCCUUUCUACUGGAGACUGCCUGCCCGGUUCCAGGGCAACAAGAUGCUGUCUUAUGGGGGAAACCUGAGGUACACCGUGGCGUUCUUUGCUCUGGACGGCUCUGGUCUGGCCAAUUACGAGCCGCAGGUGCUGAUCCGAGGAGGCCACCUCAGAAAGGUGGUUAUCUACCUGGACGUGCCUGCUCCCGACAACGGGGUGAAGACCAGCCAGGAGGUCCCGCUGAUCGAGCACAAGUGGAAGUACUUCAAUUCUGUGUCAGACCAAGCAGUCUCUCACUCAGACUUCAUGUCUGUGCUGAGCAACGUUGAAUACAUAAUCAUCAAGGCCUCCUACGGCAGCGGGAUGCAGCAGAGCAGGAUCUCCAACGUCUCCAUGGACACCGCGGUGGAGGCAGAGGAAGGGCCGGUGGGUGCGGAACAGGCUCGAUUCAUUGAGUCAUGCGAGUGCCCCUCAGGGUAUGCGGGUCUGUCCUGCCAGGAGUGCGCCCCUGGCUACUACAGACAGCCAGUGUCGGAGCUGAACCCAAGGGGCCCACGCCCCCUGAUCCAACCCUGCGUCCCCUGCCGGUGCAACAACCACAGCCAGUCCUGUGACCUGGACACGGGGAAGUGCCAGGGCUGCCAGCACAACACAGCAGGGGAUCACUGCAACCUGUGCGCACCAGGGUAUUAUGGGAAGGUGGAAGGGUCUAUCAGUGACUGCUCCCUUUGUGCCUGUCCUCGUGGAAACAAGCAGAGCUUCAGUCCUUCCUGCAUGCUGGAGGGCAAAGAUGAUUACCGGUGUGACGCCUGCCAGCCCGGCUACGAGGGGCAGCACUGCGAGAGGUGCGCGGUGGGUUACUACGGGAACCCCCUGGAGCCCGAUGGUCACUGCCAGCCGUGCCAGUGCAGCGAGGCGGGGUCUCUGCACCCGCGCUGUGACACCCUGACGGGACGGUGCGAGUGCAAGCCGGGCGUGCGCGGGCGUCUCUGCGAGGAGUGCGAGGACAGGCACGUCCUGUCGGGGGACGAGUGCAUCUCUUGUAAUGACGAGUGCACCGGGGUGCUUCUGGAUAGCCUGGAUGAGCUGGAGCGAUCAGUCCAGUCAGUCAACCUGACCGGGGUCAUCCUGGCCCCAUACAGCCUGCUGGUGUCCCUGGAGAAUGCCACCCAGGAGAUCAAGGCUCUGCUGUCCCCGGAGACGAACCCUGGCUAUUUGUUGAGCACAACGGAGGAGCGGCUAGAGGACAUUUCCAAAGACAUCGAUAGCCUGCAACAAAAGACGACGCAAAUGUUCGGGGAUGCUGAAGAUUUGGCCCAGUCCACUGACCAGAGGCUCACCCAGGGGAAGGAGCUACUGGAGCUCAUCUCCAAGGUCCAGACAGCCACCAGUGCGCUGGAAGAGGCAGCGAGCAGCCUGAACGAAACGCUGGAGCAGGAGACGGACACGGCCAACAGCAGCCAGCUGGUAGAGCGGGUGGCGGACAUCCUGGACACCAUGAGGGGGCUGGACCUCGCCGGCUGGAACUCCACUGCCUCCGAUGAGCUGAGUGCUGCAAAGGCCCUUCUCCGGCAGGUCCUGACGGACUUGGUGAAGCCCCGCCAGGCUGCUGAGGAGCUGGCUGGGAAACUGGGCGACGCUCUGUCCGGCCACGCCCUCAGGCUGCAGGACGCUCAGACCCUGCUGUCCACCGCCGAUGGCCACAACAACCACACCGCCCGGCUCCUGCGCUCCGCCUCCGCCAACCUGCAGGAGUACCACGGCCUGAGGCAGAAUGUGAGCUCCCUCAGUCACAAAACGGCGGAGCAGCUAGAAGAAGCCCAGGACAUCCUGGCUGAUGCUGUCAACAUGGUGGAGGAUCUGGUUAACGCCACUUCCCAGCUGGAGGGGGCGCAGGACGAGCUGGAGCUCUGGAACCCGGCACUGAGGAAGCAGGUGGACACGCUGGUGAUGCAGAUGAAGAAGAGGGACGUCCUGGAGCUGGUGUACAGGGCCGAGGACCACGCCGAGGAGCUGAGCGCCGAGGCCCGCACUCUCCACAGCGCCCUGUCGGACGUGAGGAACGCCUCUCUGAACGCCAGCAGUGCCGUUCACGCCAACACCAACAUCAGGUCUGACGUCCAGGAGGCCGAGAAGAGAGCGCAGUCAGCCCACAUCAUGGCCGCCGCUGCCCUCAACCUGACUCUGUUGUCCAACGGCUCUGUGAAAGACCUGGGUAUCCAGACUCUGCAGCGCAGUGCCAAGAUCCUGUCUGAAAGUGAGGUGCUGAGAAACAACACUAUUGGCCUGCAGGCGAACGUCAGUGCAGCGAGAGGGAGGCUAGACUCGAUCAGAGAGAGCGUCCACAACAUCAGCGCGCAGAUCCCCCAGGCCUCGGCCGUCCUCCGGAGCCUGUCCAAUGGGACCAACCGGAAGGUUCUGGAGGCCAAAGAACAGGCAGCCGCCGUCAACGCCUCCGUCCUGUCAGCCCUGCGGAGGCUGCAGGACUUCAGCCAGAGGCUGGAGGAGUCGUCGUCCGCCGUGGCCCGGGCCAACGCCAGCGCGAGGAGCACUAACGAGCUGGUCAAAGCCUCGGAAGAGACGGCAAGUGCUGCAGAGUCCAAGCUGCGGGAGGCGGAGACACGCGCCGAGCGCCUGUUCGACCGCCUCAGGCCGCUGAAGACCCUGGGGGAACACCUGAGCCGAAACCUGUCGGAGAUCAGGGAACUGAUCAACCAGGCGCGCAAGCAAGCCGCCUCGAUUAAAGUGGCGGUGUCUGCAGACAGAGACUGUGUACGGGCUUAUCGGCCUGAGGUGACCUCCAGUAACUUCAACACCUUGACGCUGACGGUGAAGACCAGUGAGCCGGACAACCUGCUCUUCUACAUGGGCAGCAGCUCCAGUGUGGAUUUCAUGGCACUGGAGAUGCGUCGUGGAAAGGUGGCGUUCCUGUGGGACGUGGGCUCUGGACACGCUAAACUGGAGUACCCCGAUAUCCAGAUUGACAACAACAAGUGGCAUCGGAUCCAUGCCACCAGGUUUGGAAAGCAAGGCUCGCUGACGGUGCAGGAGCUGAAAUCGGACGAGAACCCAGUCGUGAGGGCCACAUCGCCUGGAUCUGCCACGGUGCUGGAGGUGAACAAGUCCACGCUGAUCUUUGUGGGAGGCCUAGGCGGCCAGAUCAAGAAAUCUGCGGCUGUGAAGAUGACCCAUUUCAAAGGCUGCAUGGGCGAGGCUUCUCUCAACGGGAAGGACAUCGGGCUGUGGAACUACGUAGAGAGAGAAGGGCAGUGUGGAGGCUGUUUCAUGAGUCCGCAGGCAGAGGAAACCUCUUUCCACUUUGACGGAAGCGGAUACUCUGUGGUGGAGAAGCCCCUCCGCUCAACAGCCACCCACGUCGUCAUGCUCUUCAAGACCUUCUCUCCCAAUGGCCUGCUGCUCUACCUGGCCUCCAAUGGCACGAGAGACUUUCUAUCCAUUGAGCUGGUGGAGGGGAAAGUGAGGCUGACCUUUGAACUAGGAUCAGGACCUCUCACCCUCACCACCACGAAAGCCUACAACACGGGCAACUGGUACAAAAUCGCUGUACAGAGGAACAAACGCAAAGGUUACUUGGCAGUGAUGGCCGCCUACGCCCCCUCAGACAGAGAGACUGUCGAGGGCGAGUCUCCUGGAACAGCCUCUGACCUGAACCGCUCUGACCUGGACCCCAUCUAUAUCGGUGGUCUUCCGAGCUCUAGACCAAUCAGGAGGCAAGUGGUUGCACGAUCCUAUGUCGGCUGCAUUAAAAACAUGGAGAUUGCUCGCACAAACUUUGACCUGCUGAAGGACUCCUAUGGGGUCAGGAAAGGCUGUGUCUUACAGCCAAUCCGCAGUGUGACGAUCUUGAAUGAGGGCUUCCUGGAGCUGCCCCCCCUGACGCUGGCUCCCCAAGCUGAAAUCAUGGCCACCUUCUCCACCCGUAACGACACGGGCAUCAUUCUCGCCGGCUUCAGCAAGGCGGGGAACCGCAGGCGGAGGCAGACACGCCAGCCAUUCCUCGCGGUCAUGCUCGUGAACGGUCAGUUAGAGGUGCACCUGAACACAGUGGAAGGUGGGAGCAUCCACAAGGUUGUGGUUAAGCCGAGCACCGGGACCUUCAGUGAUGGGCUGGAGCAUUCCGUCAUCCUGCAGAGAAGCAAGAGAACCGUGACCGUGCUGGUAGAUGAAGAUCAUCAGGGCACAGUCAGGCUGAGCUCGUCCUCAGAGAAGGCCUCCCUCACCCUGGCCAGACUGUACAUGGGAGGUGUUCCGCCAGGAGAGGGCGCUGGCCUGCUGAAGACCACAGUCUCCUUCUACGGCUGCAUCAAGGACAUGGCCGUUAACACAGAGCUCCUGGACUUGUCCAGUGCUCUGCAUUACCAGAAUGUGGACAUGGACAGCUGUCUCCUGGAGGCGAGGCCCCAGCGUGCGGUUCUGCCUGAUGACGGCGACCUGGAGCCGGAGCCCACUCCUGGGCCCAUAGCCCCCCCCGCAGUGGCACCGACGGAGCUCAGCAACCUCCCGCCGGGCACGUGUGCACCAGAGGACCAGACAGGAAGUAUCCCAGAAGCCCACCAGUUUGGCAUCUCCAGACACAGUCACAUGGUGCUCAACAUCAGCCACCAGGCUGUCCGGAAGAGUUUCUCGAUCCAGCUCUCAGUGCGCACAUUUGCGUCCAGCGGCCUGCUGUUCUACAUGGCCAACCCCAACCAGAUGGACUACGCCACUCUGCAGCUGCAGGGGGGGCGCCUCUUCUUCACCUGCGACCUGGGCAAGAGCUCAGCCACCGCGUCGCUCCCCGACCCCAUCAACGACGGCCAGUGGCACACGGUUAAGGCGGACUUUGGGAAGAAGAGCGUGAUGAUCAGUUCGGAUGGCAGGGAGUCUGCCCCAGUACAGGCAAGAGGAAAAGCCAGCACCUUGGAUGUGGAGGGCAAGCUGUAUCUGGGCGGAUUACGCCCAGGCUACUCUGCCAAGAAUAUUGGAAACGUGACGCACAGCAUAGCUGGCUGCCUGAGAGGUGUGACGCUGAACGGCGUGGGGCUGAACACUCGGAGCCCUGCUGCGACCCAUGCCACUGCACCCUGCUUCACUGCGGUCCAGGACGGCACCUUCUUCAAUGGGAGCGGAUUUGCGGCAUUUGUGAAAGAUGGGUACAAGGUAGGCUCGGACGUGGCGGUGGCCCUGGAGUUCCGCACCACGGUGCAGGACGGUGUUCUGCUGGGUGUCAGCAGCGCCAAGGUGGACGCCGUUGGGCUGGAGCUGGUAAACGGACAGGUCCUCUUCCAUGUGAACAACGGCGCGGGGCGGAUCUCUGCCACCUACAUGCCCAGGGGCAAAUCCCCUCUGUGCGAUGGCCGCUGGCACACCCUGCUGGCCAACAAGAACAAGUACGGCCUGAGUCUGACGGUGGAUGGGGUCAUGGUUCACACGGAAAAUCCCCACUCCCAGUCCACUUCUGCGGACACCAACGACCCUGUCUAUGUUGGAGGCUACCCAGGUGGUGUGAAACAGAACUGCUUGACCAUCAGCACUCCAUUCCGAGGCUGCAUGCGGAACUUCCGCCUCAUCAAGGGUCACCUGACCGACGCCCAUGACUUCAGCACGGCUUUCAACCUCCGAGGCGUAUUCCCACAUUCCUGCCCAGGGACAGCACUGUGA